CUACCCCAGAACCUCAUGAAGCCCCUGGUUUUCCUGAGUCUGUUGACCCUGACGCUGCAGGAAGCAGGGACAGCUUCUCUCCCAGGGGAGAGGGCAAGAGAAGAGCAGAGCCCCGAGGAGGAUGACACAUAUGCAUCUCUGCUUGUGGGGAACUAUGCCCUGAGCCCAGAGGACUACAGCGAAGUCAUCGACCUGAGCAGCUAUGAGGAGCCUGCAGACUAUGGGGACCAAAUCUCUGAGGCUGAAGUAAACAGCACGACCCUUCCAACAAGAACUAGUCUCACCCAGAGCACUGUGGUUCCGAGGGCAUCGUCAGCACACCUCACAACGACCAUGCCUGCCACCGCUGGCCUACUGAACUCCCAGAGCAGUCAUGGCCUGCCUACCUGCCUGGUCUGCGUGUGCCUUGGCUCUUCUGUGUACUGUGAUGAUGCAGACCUCGAGGAUAUUCCUCGUCUUCCCCAGAUGACCGCCUACCUGUAUGCGCGCUUCAACCACAUCAGCCACAUCCGGGCUGGAGACUUCAAAGGGCUGACAAAACUGAAAAAGAUUGACCUUUCUAGCAACUCCAUCUCCUCCAUCCACAAUGAUGCCCUCCGCAUGCUGCCUGCCCUGCAGGAUCUGAUUCUCUCAGAGAACCAGCUGACAGCCUUGCCUGCGCUGCCCAGUGCCAUUGAGUUCCUGGAUGUCAGCCUGAAUCAGCUGCAGAGCUUCGGGAUACAGCUUGGGGCCUUCUUGGCGCUGGAGAAGCUUCAGUUUCUCUACCUGGCAGACAACUCACUGGAUUCCAUUCCUGGGCCUUUGCCCCUGAGCCUGCGCUCCCUGCACCUGCAGAAUAACAUGAUCAAGACCAUGGAAAGAGACGCCUUCUGCGACUCCAGGGAACACAGGCAUGAGCGCCGGCAGCUAGAAGACAUUCGCCUGGAUGGAAACCCCAUCAAUCUGAGCCUUUUCCCAGAGGCCUAUUUUUGCCUACCAAGGCUCCCUGUGGGCCGCUUCACCUAG